CUGAGGCGUGGGGAGGGAACAUCAGCUGCUGGGUCCUCUUAAGGGACCCGCAGUGGUCUGACCCGCGUAGCUUCCCCGGGCGCUUUUUGUAAUCUCUGCACCUCUGGCCUCAUUUGCUCUCCCGCGCAACCCGCGCAGAGGGCUGGAGCGGCGGGGAAGACCGACGCUAUGGAGCCAGGGCCGCCUGGUGACUCUGGGCCUGCUGAGCCGGGGCCUUGCGUGAGCGGCCUGGGCGACACAGACCCGGCAGCCUCGGCUUCCUGGCUGAGCAGAGCCGGGGCCGAAACCCGGCGCGGCUGGCCGACUGUGGCGGCUGUGCUGCCCGCAGGAGGGAGCGGGGAGAGGAUGGGCGUCCCCACUCCGAAGCAGUUCUGCCCCAUUCUGGAGAGGCCGCUCAUCAGCUACACUUUGCAGGCUCUGGAGAGAGUACCUUGGAUAAAGGACAUUGUUGUGUCAGUAACUGGAGAGAACAUGGGAACAAUGAAUGAUAUUAUUCAGAGGUACCAGCAUAAACAUAUCUCACUAGUUGAAGCAGGAGUGACACGCCACAGGUCAAUUUUUAACGGACUGAAGGCACUGGCAGAUCAGUCUAAUGCUAAACUCUCUAAGCCAGAAGUUGUGAUUAUUCAUGAUGCUGUGAGACCAUUUGUUGAGGAAGAUGUUCUUCUUAAAGUUGUCACAGCUGCUAAGGAACAUGGUGCAGCAGGAGCAAUUCGACCUCUUGUGUCUACUGUCAUCAGUCCUUCUGCAAAUGGUUGCUUAGAUUGUUCACUGGAUCGUGACAGAUACAGAGCAAGUGAGAUGCCACAAGCUUUUCUGUUUGAUGUGAUCUAUGGAGCUUAUCAGCAGUGUAGUGAAUAUGAUUUGGAAUAUGGAACAGAGUGCUUACAAUUGGCCCUAAAGUAUGGUCACACUAAAGCCAGACUUGUGGAAGGCUCAGCUGACCUGUGGAAGGUGACCUACAAACGAGAUCUGUAUGCAGCUGAAUCGAUUAUUAAGGAAAGAACUUCAAAACAGAUUUAUAUAGUUAUGGAUAGAAAAGAUCGUGAAGAACACAUAGGAGUUCUUCUUGAAGAAAUGUUGAAAAAUGAAGUAAAUAAUGUAAAAUUCACAUCUGGGGCUCUGUGUCAUGUUGGCAGAGAUCUUCAGCCAAUACUCUCAAAACAGUGCUACAAUUUUGUUUGUGUAAAUGUUAUGACCUCUGAUUUUCAAGAAACCCAAGAAUUACUGAAUAUACUGAAAGAGAGUAAUCUGUCUAUGUUAUAUCCUGUUGUUGUUAUUUCGGUUCAUUUUCAUGCUAGUGAAUCAGUACCUUUUGGUGAAAAAAUGGAAAAUUUAAUGAAGAUUAGGGAAUGUGCAAAGGAAGCGAAAAAAAGAAAUAUUUUACUAUAUGGCCUUCUCAUAUGUUAUCCGCAGGAGGAGCAGAAACUACAGGAAAGCUUAAAGCAAGGUGUGACCAUUAUUGAUGCCUUAGUCAAAGAAAGAAAUUUUGGACUCAUUGGUCAGCUUCUGGUAGCAUGAAGAAAUUGAAGAACUUUAUCUACUGAAUUAAAAAAAUCUAUUUACUUAGUUGCCUGUCUUAUACUCUCCUCCCUACUGUAUGAGCUAAAAUGUUUGAGUUGUCCUUAUGUCUUUUAUAUUUUGUGGAAUAUUUUGCUUAAUUAUACAGGUGGUUCAGUGUUUGCAUCUCUAUAAUAAAAAAUUCUUCUGCAUGUUAAAUGUCAGUUACCUGAGCCAAAAAUAAAUAGAUAAGUGGAAAAUAAUAAACUUCACUUAAAUAAU